AAAGUCUCUCUCUCGUUAUAAUAUAACAGGCUGAUUACGAUUUUGUGGCUCAUAAGUAUCGUAAUCUUCGAAGGUAUAACAGUUUACACGAAAGAAAAUAUGAUGUUACUAAUCACUCUAGUUGUCAUCACUCAAUCGUUUGGCAUACAGGGAGCCAUAGAUGUCGUUUUCGAGGACACCGAUUGUCCCUUCUACGAUAAGGAAUAUUUCUUAGAACCUGAAGCUUUUGUAAAUGAUCAGAAUGCAUUGUUUUCAAACAUCACGAUAAUUAAACGACUUCCGAUAGAAACUGAAGCACGUUUCACAAUACUAGGAGCAUCAAUGGGAGAAUAUGUUGUGAGUACUGGAAUUGACCAAACGGUGGACUUGUGUGAUUUAAUAGAGGACCCUAUUUUGGCAGGUCCUUUUCUUAGUGCAAUUGGAUUUUCUGAAGACCACUGUCCACCGGAAAUUGGUCAUUAUGGAACCGAAGGUUAUAUAUUUACAACAGAAACAUUACCAGAUACAGCGCAAGCUGGUCAAUACAUGCUGAAUAUGACUCUAUCAUAUGAGGAGAAAAUAUUAUUACUAUGCCAAACAUUCACCAAAGUUAGUUAAAACGUAAAGUUAUUUUUUGGACAGGCACUAUUAUGAUAAUUACUUAUUUUUCGUUGUGUAAUCAUGGAUUCUAAUAAAAAUAACUACUCUAAUAGCU